AUGGCGACCCAGGAAGCCACUCCAGGCAGCCAGUCCGAGGAGAGCAGUGCCUUGGAUUUGCCAACAGUUUAUGACAUAAGAGAUUAUGUGCUGCAGAGACCCCACCAAGAGGCCGACAGUGAGGCUUUUAGUUCUGUAGAAGCCCUUUCUAGUCCUUGCUCUUCUGAUGCAGAUCCAGAUACCAGUAACCUAAAUUCUGAACAAAAUGAUUCCUGGACCUCUGAGAACUUCUGGCUGGACCCUUCUGUGAAGGGCCAGGUGAAGACCAAGGCAGAGGAUGAUGGGCUUCGGAAAUCCCUGGAUAGAUUCUAUGAAGUGUUUGGCUGUCCACAGCUGGCCUCUGGAAAUGCACUCUCCGCAGCAGUCUGCCAGUGCCUGUCUCAGAAAAUCAACGAACUGAAGGGCCAGGAGAGCCGAAAGUAUGCCCUCCGCAGUUUCCAAAUGGCCCGGGUCAUCUUCAACCGGGAUGGCUGCUCGGUCUUACAGAGGCAUGCCAGGGAUGUCCACUUCUACCCAUCGGGAGAAGGAAGUGUGUCUCUGGAUGAUGAAAAGCCAACCCCGGGACUUUCAAAAGAUAUCAUUCAUUUCCUCUUGCAGCAGAAUGUGAUGAAAGACCUCUAAGUAGUGCCUGGUGGUAAGAGCAGGCAGUGUGGAGGGUGGUCCGGUGGCCAACGCUGUUAGAGCACACCCACUUCCCCUCCAGCGCCUCUUGCCGGCUCUGUGUGUCCAGCCCCCUGUGUGUCUGGCCCCUGUGUCCACACCACCUCCCACCCCACCCUACCACUCCCUUUGACUUAAGGCCAGUGACUGACUGAUUGUGGAGCCCAGAAGCACAUCUUCCUUGCCCCAAGGAAGGAAGGACAUGCUCUGAGGCAUAAAUUACUCUCCAGAGCUCCCCUCUGGAUCAGGCCAAGACUGGGACUUCACACGAAAUCACUCCCUCGCUCAGCACCUGCCGUUUCCCUGUCCUCCCAUUCAUCUACUGGUGUCUCCCAGGGGCCUUUCCUUAAUAUAUCUCUUGUACCUGGAUCCUUGACUCAGAGUCUACUUCUGGGAGAACCCAACCUAAGGGAACAGGCUUUCUUUGUUACAUGAGUUUUU